AUGGAUAAGAUCAGAGAGAAGCUAAGCAACUUGAAAUUGGAGGCCGAGUCAUGGCAGGAGAAGUACGAGGAGUUGAAAGAGAAGAACAAGGACUUCGAGCAGGAAACCGUCGAAAAGGAGAACCAGCUCAAGUCUUUGACCGUCAAGAACCAGCAAUUGGAGGAAGAAAUCGAGAAGCUGGAAGCUGGCCUCUCUGAGACGAAGCAGACCGAGCAGGACAACGUCGAGAAGGAGAACCAAAUCAAGUCAUUGGCGGUGAAGAACUCUCAGUUGGAGGACGAGAUCGAGAAGUUGGAGGCGGAAUUGGCCGAGUCUAAGCAAUUGUCCGAGGACUCUCACCACUUGCAGUCCAAUAACGACAACUACUCCAAGAAAAACCAACAGUUGGAGGACGACUUGGAGGAAAGUGACACCAAGCUGAAGGAGACUACCGAAAAGUUGAGGGAAUCCGACUUGAAGGCGGACCAAUUGGAGAGAAGAGUCGCCGCUUUAGAAGAGCAAAGAGAAGAAUGGGAAAGAAAGAACGAGGAACUGACCGCCAAGUACGAAGAGGCCAAGAAGGAAUUGGACGAAAUCGCUGCAUCUCUAGAAAACUUGUGA